CUUACAUUUCAUGUAAUCACAGAAUAAGCAGAGCAGUUAUGUUUGUUUUUCAACUCUUUUUUCUAGAUGAUAUUUAUUACAAUGCUUAUAGGAUUAGGAAAUUUCCGUAAUCAUGAAAUUAAACACAAACAUGGUAUAUGUUGGAUGUACGCGUUCAACUCCAUACCAUUGAAUAAACCCUAUAACUACGCCACUGUACAGACAUACAUGUUGACUGAAUCUGAACGAGAGAGAUAUGGGGAAUGACCCUACUCUGUGUCCACCCACCUCAUCUCUUGCGCAUUGCGCGGCUCACGAGAAAGCCUACUAGCUCUCC